AUGCCUACAUUAUAUGCUGGACCAACUGGUAAUGGUAGAAAACCAUUAAUUUUGGUAAAAUUAUUAAAUGCACCAAUUGAUAUUCAUUUUUUUACAUGGCCGACAAAAGAAAUUAAACAAGAUUGGUAUUUAAAUUUAAACCCCAAUGGAACUCAACCAACUUUAGUUGAUGAUUCAAAACAUUUAAAAUUAUUUGAAAGUAAUGCGUUAUUAGAAUAUAUUGCAACAACUUAUGAUAAAGAAGGUAAAUAUUAUUAUAAAGAAAAUGAACCUGAAUUAUAUUGGGAACAAAAAACAUGGUUAUAUUAUCAAUCAGCUCAAUUUGCAGCUUUUAAUUUAGCAAGAGCUAUAAUUCUGGUAAAUGCUAAUCAUGUUGAUAAGUUUACUGAAAAUGAGAUUCUUGAAGGAUUUAAAAUAAUUUAUGAAGUUUUAGAAAAUCAAUUAAAAAAGACAAAUUCUGGUUGGUUAAUUGGUAAUAAAUUUACUAUAGUUGAUAUUGCAUUUGGUGCUGGUAAUCAUAGAAGACUUGAAAAAUUAACUGGUACUGGAUAUGAAAUUAAAGAUUUUGAUGCUUUAUAUCCAAAUGUUGCAAAAUGGUAUAAUAACUUUUUGUCUGUUGAUGGAGUUGAAGAAGUACUUAAUAGGAAAUCUUAA